AUCCUGGGAGAGGAGGGGAGGUACUGGGAGAGCUCUCAGUGGGAGGAUCCUGCUAGAGGAGGGGAGGUAGUUGCAGCUCUCAGUGGGACGAUCCUGCUCGCCUUUCCAGUUCCAUCCUCGAUCAAUUACACCAUACUGCAGCAAGUGAGUGCGUGUUACCAUCCAGAGGAACAUCAAGUGGGAAGUUAGCAUCUCCUAAACGCACAUUCGUUGUCGGACGAAAGUGAUGGCCGCCAUUCGGAAGAAGCUGGUGAUUGUCGGGGAUGGAGCGUGUGGUAAGACCUGCCUGCUCAUCGUGUUCAGUAAAGACCAGUUCCCCGAAGUCUACGUACCCACCGUGUUUGAGAACUACAUCGCUGACAUCGAAGUGGACGGAAAACAGGUGGAGCUGGCUCUAUGGGACACUGCGGGCCAAGAGGACUACGACAGACUGAGGCCGCUCUCCUACCCCGACACAGACGUCAUCCUCAUGUGCUUUUCCAUCGACAGCCCCGACAGUCUAGAGAAUAUCCCUGAAAAGUGGACCCCUGAGGUGAAGCACUUCUGUCCCAACGUGCCCAUCAUCCUGGUGGGCAACAAGAAGGACCUGCGCAACGACGAGCACACGCGGCGAGAACUAGCCAAGAUGAAACAGGAGCCGGUUAAGCCAGACGAAGGGAGAGAGAUGGCGAACCGGAUCAACGCCUUCGGCUACCUCGAGUGUUCCGCCAAGACCAAGGACGGCGUGCGGGAGGUGUUUGAGAUGGCCACUAGGGCGGCGCUGCAAGUUCGCAAACGCAAGAAGAGCGGCUGCCUGCUGCUGUGAUCAUGUAGCUAGGCUAGGCUAGGCUAGACUGGGCUAGAGAUGGAAGUCAAGUGACCCAAGAAAACAUCCUGAGAACCACGUGGACUGACCUUACAGAUUGCAUCCUUGUACCGUAUCUCCCAUUUCACAGUGUCAGGUCGGGUGAAAGGGAGAAGAGCAGUGCUGACCAAUACCACGGACGUUGUUUAUAGCAUCAGUUAGAAGUGAAAAUUCUGGACUUUGUUUUUCCUUCCUUUUAUAGCACAAGCUGUCUCUCCAUGUAUUUCUUUUGCUUUGCCAUUUUGAAAAUGCAACACAAAUGUCCACAUUUGUAUGCUAAAAUUGUUUUCCAUGUGCAUUUAUCCUUGCUUGCUGAAGAUGCAUAUAUCUGUACACACGCUCACGCUCUCCAGAUUUCGUUUUUAUAAUCCGAAAUCUAUUUUCAAGAUUUGUAUUAUUUUUAUAUUUUUUUAUAAAAUAUAAAAAUAAUGCUAAUCUUGAAAAUAGGAGUGUAAAGUAGGUGUGGUCCGAGGAGGGAGCCUACUGAAGACACCUUCUUGGCUUUGCCGGUGCCUUUUUCAUUAUUCUUUUUGUUUUAUUUUGUAUCCAUAGCAACAACAGCUCAUUAUAUUAUGUCACAAAUUCCAACUACAAAGACCAAGAAUCUUCCUUGUUUCAGUUAAAGACCUGCGUUUCCUGGUGCUGAAAGUCACCAGGAGUGGCCUUCUACACCCUGGUUUACUGUCAGGUCCCUAACCCUUAUAGCCCCCCCAGUGUACCCUGGUUAACUGUCAGGUCCGUACCUUAUAGCUAUACCUUAUAGCUCCCCCAGUGGAGCUCUGCCCCAUUACUCGCUUUUAAACUUGCACUAAAAGCUAAAACUGUGGGCCCCCCAUUUGAAACAUAUUCUUUACAAGAAUGUGUUUAUAAAGAAUUUGAAACUAAACAACAUUCCAAAGCUGUCUCGGAGGGAGGUCGGUGUGUCACAGGUGUGUGUGUGUGUGACUGUGUUUGUGUUAGUGACUGUCUGUUUGUGAGCGAUUGUAUGUGCGUGUGCACCAAUGCAGGAACAGAUUUGGGAUAGAGCCUCCAGAUGCAUGCAAGAAAGACAAAGUAUUUGGAGUUUUACAAGAUGUUUCAAUCAUUUAAGCACAUUUUAAGAGAUUUUUACAUUUGAAGUAUUUGUCUCUUAAUAUUUAAAUCCUGCUAUUACAAUGUAUUGUGCAAUGACCACCAAACAUGGACUUUGUUUGUUUUUAAGGAAAGAUGAUUGUUGUGGGAUUCAAGGGAUCAUUGAUUAUUGUCAUUAUUAAAAGAAACACUGAGCAGAA